GGACAGAGCCGUCGGUGACAGCCCCGAGGGCCCCCGCCCCGCGCCCAUGGCCGAGCCGGACCCCUCUGACCCUCUGGAGACCCAGGCAGGGAAGGUGCAGGAGGCUCAGGACUCAGAUUCAGACACUGAGGAAGGAGCUGCAGGCGGAGAAGCCGAGAUGGACUUCCUGCGGAAUUUCUUCUCCCAGACACUGGGCCUGGGCACCCAGAAGGAGCGUCUGUUGGACGACCUGACCCUGGAAGGGGUGACGCGCUACAUGCAGAGCGAGCGCUGUCGCAGGGUCAUCUGCUUGGUGGGAGCUGGGAUCUCCACGUCCGCCGGCAUCCCUGACUUCCGCUCCCCAUCCACGGGCCUCUAUGCCAACCUAGAGAAGUACCAUCUUCCCUACCCGGAGGCCAUCUUUGAGAUUGGCUACUUCAAGAAACACCCAGAGCCCUUCUUUGCUCUUGCCAAGGAACUCUAUCCUGGGCAGUUCAAGCCGACCAUCUGUCACUACUUCAUCCGCCUGCUGAAGGAGAAGGAGCUACUGCUGCGCUGCUACACGCAGAACAUAGACACGCUAGAACGAGUGGCGGGCCUGGAGUCUGAGGACCUGGUGGAGGCCCACGGCACCUUCUACACCUCGCACUGCAUCAGCCCCCUCUGCCGACGGGAGUACUCGCUCAGCUGGAUGAAAGAGAAGAUCUUCUCCGAGGUGACUCCCAAGUGUGAGAAAUGUCACAGCGUGGUGAAGCCUGACAUCGUGUUCUUCGGUGAGAACCUCCCAGCAAGGUUCUUCUCCUGCAUGCAGUCAGACUUCUUGAAGGUGGAUCUCCUCAUCAUCAUGGGUACCUCCCUGCAGGUGCAGCCCUUUGCAUCCCUCAUCAGCAAGGCACCCCUCUCUACCCCACGCCUGCUCAUCAACAAGGAGAAGACUGGGCAGACUGACCCUUUCCUGGGGAUGAUGAUGGGCCUUGGAGGAGGCAUGGACUUCGACUCCAAGAAGGCCUACAGGGACGUGGCCUGGCUGGGUGACUGUGACCAGGGCUGCCUGGCCCUCGCCGACCUCCUCGGAUGGAAGAAGGAGCUGGAGGACCUCGUCCGGAAGGAGCAUGCCAUCAUUGAUGCCCAGGCAGGGUCGGGGAGCCCCAACCCCAACACUUCAGCUUCCCCCGGGAAUUCUGCACCUCCUGCCAAGGAGGAGGCCAGGACCAUGGAGGCGGAGCAGGGCCAGUGACAGCUGCACCUCCCGGG